UGACUUGCCUCUGGUGAACAUUGUAACUUUUCCAGCGUGCAAAUUGACCAACUUCAAUUUCGAUACUUGUAAAAGGACUUGCCAAGCCCUACAAUGUUGCGCGUGGCUGCCGUGACAUUGUCGCUGCUGGCGACGCUGACAUCAGCAGAAAUUUUGGGAGGGGUGUUCUCUUCCUGCCCGGGCGGCGCUGGUGUCACCGACCCAUACGUGAUGACCCAACAAUUCUGGAACGACUAUGUAGCGAAUCCCGUAACUGGGAUGAAGCUGAUUGCCUACGACGGUACCUCUGAAGACGACAAAAUGAGAUGUCAGGCAUUAAACCUCUCGCCCGACUACAGGAACAUCACUCUUGUCCUCGCGGGUAAAGAUAAAACGGGGGCCGCAGUAGAGUAUGGGGGAAAAGGCGCGUCUUCUUCAGUCGACGGCGUCUUUCAGCUGAAAAAAUUUACCUCACUCACCCCUUUCCCGUCUUUGGUCUUGGGGUCAUCGUCGACAGGCUCAACAAGCGUCUACCUCGCGUACGUCUCGCCUACGGAGAUCGUCAUCAGGACCUGCCGUGGAACGUUUCUAAACACACUCCAUUCGCUGUACGUGUUCAGCAGUCAGAUGGAUGACCUCGCAACAUUGAACUCAACAUGCUUGCUGAACACCGUGAAGUCUCUGCCCAGCAACGGCGGCUUCAAACUCAAGUCAACCAAUUGGACCACCUGCGCUUAGUGAGCUGCCAGUUACCGUCACCGCAGCCAAUACUGGGCUGGAGAUACGGUGCUUUUUCGUUGAACUGUCAACAACAAGUGGCGAAAAGAAAUUGUUUUAUUUAACCGGUGGUAGAAAAAGGUUAAAACAGGUAAAAUUAAAAACUAUCCUCAUACUAUUAAACAUUUGUAAUUCAAUAAAUCAUUGCGGAUUAUA